AACUAGGUAUAUUUCCUUCAAUUUAUAUCGCAAUAGAAAUUAUUGGUUUUUAAGUUUUUAAAUUAAUACUGAGAAAAAUUAAAAGAAAAUAGUAAUGACAAGUGAUAAAAAUGACGAUAUGGAUCUCGAAGAAGACAAACGAAAUUUGUUUGUUUAUGGAAGAAAUGUUGCUGAAAUUCCUUGCUUCAGAAGUAGUUUUCUUUAUGGUUCGGGGGGAGGUUUUCUUGUUGGACUGUGUGCUUUCAUGGGAACAUCAAGACCACAACUUGCAAUGCACAUAGGAUUUGGAACCUUUUUUUGCACAACAAUUGCGUACUGGUUCAACUGCCGUUAUAACUAUUCAAAAACGAAAUUCUUAUAUAGUCAGCUAUCACCAGCUUUGAGAAAGCAGGCAAUUUAUGAAGGAACUGCAUUAGAGGAAGAACUUAAUAGAAAUUCCAAAACUGUAGUUGAUACAAAACCUGAUCCAGAAUGUACGCUUCUUCGUUAUCUUCGUGAAAAGCUUCAUCUAUGUGGAACAAAAUUGGGAUGUGCAGAAGGUGGUUGUGGUGCGUGUACAGUGAUGUUAUCAAGAUUUGAUAGAAAGAAAAAAAUCGUUAAGCAUUUCGCAGUUAAUGCUUGUUUAACGCCAGUCUGUAGCCUACAUGGUUUGGCUGUAACAACUAUUGAAGGUAUUGGAAGCACGAGAACUCGUUUGCAUCCUGUGCAAGAAAGAAUUGCAAAAGCUCAUGGAUCGCAAUGUGGUUUCUGCACCCCAGGCAUUGUUAUGUCCAUGUACGCAUUACUUAGAAGCAUGCCAAACCCAAAUAUGAAAGAUUUAGAAAUAUCGUUUCAAGGAAACUUGUGCAGGUGCACUGGAUAUCGUCCAAUCUUAGAAGGCUUUCGAACAUUUACUGAUGAUAAUAAAAUAGAAUGCGGCAUGGGAGAGAAGUGUUGUAAAUUAAAUGCUGACUCUUUUGGAACUGAAGUCGCUAACGAAUUAUUUGAUCGUAGUGAAUUUUUACCAUACGAUGCGUCGCAAGAACCAAUAUUUCCUCCUGAACUAAAGCUUUCUGAUAUAUAUGAUCGACAAACACUUUUAUUUAAAAAUGAAGGAAAUGUUGUAUGGUAUCGGCCAACAAGCAUAGAACAACUGCUUCAAUUCAAAGAAACAAACCCAAACGCUAAAAUAGUCGUUGGUAAUACGGAAAUUGGAAUUGAAACCAAAUUUAAGCAUUUUGAUUACAAAUUUUUAUGUAAUCCUACUCAAAUUGAUGAACUUACUACUAUUACAAUUAAAGAUGAUGGAAUGAAAGUUGGAUCAGCUGUAUCUUUGACUGAUCUUCUUGAGGCUCUAGAACAUGAAGUCAGAGUGAAUGCAGAAUAUGAAACGAGAGUUUAUAAAGCUUUGAUUAAUAUGUUUCACUGGUUUGCUGGAAAGCAGGUUCGAAACGUAGCUUCGCUUGGUGGCAAUAUAAUGACAGGUUCCCCAAUAUCAGAUUUGAAUCCAAUUUUCUUAGCAGCUGCUGUCGAUUUGGAAGUAGAAAGUGUGACUGGAGGUCGACGCAUUGUAAAAAUGGAUCAAACUUUCUUUACCAGUUACCGAAAAAAUUCCAUUAAAGAUUCAGAGAUUUUGAUUUCAAUUUCAAUUCCAAAAACUUCUAAGAAUCAAUACUUUGUGGCAUACAAACAAGCAAAACGCCGCGAUGAUGAUAUUGCGAUUGUCAAUGGGGCUUUUAACGUAACUUUUAAAGAUGGAACAAAUAUAAUAGAAAACAUAGAAAUUGCUUAUGGAGGUAUGGCUCCAACGACGAUAUUAGCAACUCAAACUUCUCUUAAUGUAAAAGGCAAAUAUUGGGAUAAAAGCUUAAUCGAAAUUGUUAAUGAAAGCUUAGUGAAAGAAAUUCAUUUGAAAGCGGAUGCACCUGGCGGGAUGAUUUUAUAUCGUCGCUCUUUAACUCUGAGUAUAUUUUUUAAAGCGUUUCUAUCAAUUUCUCAAGAAUUGGAGAAUGCUUUAGGUUUAAAUUUGAUUAAUGAUCGUGAUAGAAGUGGAGCCAACACCUUCACCAGUCUUCCAUUAAAAAGUUGUCAGUUGUUUGAGAAAGUUUCAUCAAAUCAAGCUUCGAUCAAUCCAAUCUAUCGACCGAAAAUGCAUUCAUCUGGUUACAAACAUGCUACUGGUGAAGCUGUUUAUUGCGAUGAUAUUCCAAAAUUUGAAAACGAAUUAUAUCUUGCUCUCGUUUUGAGUGUAAAAUCGCACGCGAAAAUUAUUUCAAUAGAUGCUAGCGAAGCUUUAGCUCAGCCUGGAGUUCACGCAUUUUAUUCAUCUAAAGAUUUAACUGCACAGCAAAAUACAGUUGGACCUGUUUUUCAUGACGAAGAACUUUUCAUAAAAGAUAUUGUUACAAGCUGUGGGCAAACCAUAGGUGCAAUUGUUGCAGAAAAUCAAAUACUCGCACAAAAAGCUGCAAGAUUAGUGAAAGUUGUUUAUGAAGAACUGACACCUGUAAUUAUAACGAUUGAAGAUGCUAUCAAACACAAGUCUUUUUUCAAUGGGUACCCUAAAUUAAUAGAGAAUGGAAAUGUAGACGAAGCCUUUAAAAAUUCAGAUCAAAUAUUGAGUGGUGAAGUUCGCGUUGGUGGUCAAGAACAUUUUUAUCUUGAGACGAAUGCAGCCAUUGCUAUUCCCAAAGAUUCAGAUGAACUUGAGAUUAUUUCAUCAACGCAGCAUCCAACAGAAGUUGGGAAAUUGGCUGCACAUGUUCUUGGAAUUCCAAUCAAUCGUGUUGUUUCUCGUGCGAAACGACUAGGUGGAGGUUUUGGGGGAAAAGAAAGUCGAGCAUGUGUUGUAGCAUUACCUGUAGCAUUUGCAGCUUAUAAGCUUAGAAGACCUGUUAGAAUGAUGCUUGAUAGAGAUGAAGAUAUGAUGAUAACUGGCACACGACAUCCAUUCCUUUUCAAGUAUGAAGUCUCAUUUCAAAAUGAUGGAAAAAUAUCUGGAUGCAAAGUGAAGAUUUAUAAUAACGCAGGAUACUCAUUUGACUUAUCUUUCGGAGUAUUGGAUCGUGCAAUUUUUCAUUUUUCAAAUACGUAUCGUAUUCCAAAUUGCAGAAUAGAAGCCUUUCUCCUAAAGACUAAUUUGCCAUCAAACACAGCUUUUCGAGGUUUUGGAGCACCCCAAGCUAUGUUAGUAGGCGAACAAAUUGUUCGAGAUGUUGCAAAAAUCGUUGGAAAGGACUACAUUGAAAUCAUGACAAAAAAUAUGUUUCAAGAAGGAGACUUCACUCAUUACAACCAAAAACUGGUUGGAUGUAAUGUCAGCCGUUGUUUUGAAGAAGUCAUUAAAUUCUCAGACUUCCAGCGACGACGUCAGGAAAUUGAAACCUUCAAUUCAUUAAAUCGUUGGAAGAAGAGAGGAAUUAGUUUAGUUAACACUAUGUUUGGAAUUGCUUUCACAGCUAAACAUUUGAAUCAGAAUGGCGCACUUGUUCACGUGUAUGUUGAUGGUUCAGUUUUAAUUUCGCAUGGUGGAGUUGAAAUGGGACAAGGUUUACAUAUAAAAAUGCUUCAAGUGGCUGCUUCUGCUUUAAAUAUUUCAAUUGAGAAAAUUCAUAUUCAAGAAACUGCAACAGAUAAAGUUGCAAAUACACCUCCAACAGCUGCAUCUGCUGGCUCCGAUCUAAACGGUGCUGCAAUCUUAAACGCAUGCAAGAUCAUAUAUGAUCGCUUAUCAAUAUAUCGCGAACAAUUUCCUGAUGAAAGCUGGGAAGCGUGGGUGAAUAAAGCAUAUUACGAUAGAGUUCAAUUAUCAGCAAUUGGAUUUUAUUCUACUCCGAACCUUGACUAUGAUCCCGCUACGAAUACUGGAAAUGCAUUUAAUUACUUCACGUUUGGUUCAGGCGUUUCUGAAAUUGAAAUAGAUUGUUUAACUGGAGAUCAUCAAGUCAUUAGAACAGACAUUGUUAUGGAUGUUGGAUCAUCAAUCAACCCAGCCAUCGAUAUUGGUCAAAUUGAAGGUGCAUUUGUACAAGGAUAUGGUCUUUAUACGAUGGAAGAACUCAUUUAUUCUCCCGAGGGAGUUUUAUAUUCACGUGGUCCCGGUAUGUAUAAAAUUCCAGGGUUUGCCGACAUUCCUGCUGAGUUCAAUGUGUCGAUGUUGACUGGUGCUCCCAAUCCUCGAGCUGUUUAUUCGUCAAAAGCUAUUGGAGAGCCUCCAUUAUUUUUGGCUUCAUCGGUAUUUUUCGCCAUCAAGGAAGCAAUUGCAGCAGCAAGAUUCGAUGAAAACCUUAAUUCAAAUUUUGAUAUGAAAUCACCAGCAACAUCAGCAAGAAUAAGGAUGGCGUGUCAAGAUAAAAUUACAGAAAACAAAGUCAAAUAUCUACUUAUCACAAUGACGACACUAAAGUGGAUUAUUCAAUUCACCAUUAUCUUAAUUUAUAACACACAAUCCAUAGAUGCAUAUCGUAUUCUUGGACUUUUUCCUCAUCCUGGCAUUUCGCACUUUCAAUUUUUUCAUCCUAUAAUGAAAGUUUUAGCUGAAGCUGGUCACGAAGUUACUGUUAUAAGCCACUUUCCUAACAAGAUUCCGAUUGUAAAUUAUAAAGAUGAACCAUUAUUCAAUCAGCAGAAUCUAGUGAAUGCAGUGAAACUGGAUUGGUUUGAAAGUCCUAAAUCAUACGAUCACUUAUUGGAAUUCUUCAUGCUGUAUAAAUGGGGUAUAGAAUCUUGUGACGAAACUUUAAAUUCGUCAGCUGUAGAAAAUGUUCUCAAUCAAAGUGUUCGUGGAAAGUUUGAUUUGAUAAUUGUUGAGCAGUUCAAUACAGAUUGCAUGCUUGGCAUUGCACAUAAACUUGAUGCGCCGAUUAUAGGCUUAAGCAGUUGUAAUAUUAUGCCUUGGCAUUUUACACAACUUGGACUUCCUUACGAACCAGGAUUUUAUCCUACAACAUUCAUUGGUGCAACAGAUGAUAUGACGUUUGGCAAGAGGCUAUCAAAUUGGUUUACUUUUGUGUACAUGAAUGUUAUGUAUAAAAUGUUUACUCAAAAAAGUACAAAUGAAUUACUGAAACGUAAAUUUGGCAGCGAUUUUCCUGAUAUUGAAAUGUUGACGAAAAAGGUUUCAAUGAUGUUUGUCAAUCAACAUUAUUCUCUUAGCGGAGCAAAACAUCUUUCACCAAAUGUUAUUGAACUUGGUGGGAUUCAUAUUGAGACAGACAAUUCUCUAGAACCAGAACUUCAAAAUCUUCUUGAUAAUGCUAAAGAUGGAGUUAUUUACAUAAGUUUUGGUUCUAUGGUGCGUGCUGACACUUUACCAGAACACAAACUUGAAGCAAUAUUGCAUUCUGUAGGGAAACUUAAGCAAGUUAUUCUUUGGAAAUGGGAAAACGAGACGAUGUUAAACAAGCCUUCUAAUGUCUAUUUUCAAAAGUGGUUGCCGCAAAAAAAAAUUUUGUGCCACCCAAACGUUCGUUUGUUUUUCAGUCAUGGUGGAUUACUUGGAAGUUCAGAAGCUGCCUUUUGUGGUGUCCCCGUGGUGUCAACUCCUUUUUAUGGUGAUCAAUUUCUUAAUUCCGCAGCGAUGGAAAAACGAGGAAUGGGAGUUAUUUUAAGAUAUCAGGAUAUCAAUAAAGAAACCGUUUAUCAAGCCUUGAAGAAUGGAUUAGACAUCAAAAAGAAAGAGAAUGCAAAGAAAGUUUCUUAUGCUUAUACUCAUCGGCCUAUACCACCAUUAGAAGCUGCCGUAUACUGGUCUGAAUAUGUUAUUGAAACAGGUGAUUUUGGCAAAUGCAUGUGCGUGAUGUCAGGAUUACCUAAGCUAAUAUUAUGGUGUUUCACCAAACUAAAUUCUUUUCUGAUCCAUUUGAUAACAAUAAGUAUUUUGAUGCAAGGGAAUUCAUGGUCAGGCAAAGCGCUGACAACAUCAAAGAUUGAAUCGUCAUUGCAAACCGUUCAUGAUAUAUCAACGGAAAAUAUUGGAGCUUUAUGUAUUUCGAAACAUUACAGCCCUUUGCAGAUAUCACUGAAUACAGAAAGUUACGAUACUGUCAGACAAAAGUCGGAUUUAGCGUCAAUUGUUCUUCAAGACUUAGGAUUUAAUCAUCAUUCAGGUUUACCAGAUACUCUUGCCAAAGGUCUCCUAUUAGAUCCAAAUGUAAUAAAUACUCGAAUACUUGCAACAAAUUUAUCAACGGGGAUUUUAAUUUCAUCCGUAUCUUGGACGAAAGCUGGAGGAAAAGAACUGGGGCAGCCAAUAAGAUUAGACGAGAACGACGAACUUUCAAUGACGAAAAAAUCUUUCUCCUAUUAUCCUUGGUUUGAGGAUUCAGCGUCAACACCAACGCUUAGGUCUCCAAAAUUUACUUCACCGCCUCCAAAUCUCUCUUUUCGUGGGUGGUGGACUUUUCCUUACUAUUCAUGUACUCAACGUAAAUGGAUUCUUUCUUAUAGCAUUGCUAUAGCCCCAGUUAACCAUCCAGAUUUAAGGGGAUUUUUAAGCAUAGAUAUCGAUGUUUCUGGAUUGCACAUAAAUCAAUGUGAUAAAAUUAUUAAUAACCGCCACAGCAAGGUGCACUUUGCAAGUUUUUCAGAUAAUGAAAUUGAAGCUUUUCAUGGUUCGCACAAAUGUCAUCAAAAUAGCAUGGAUUGCCAGUUCCGUCCACAAUAUUAUCAAAACAACCUCGUGCAUACUAUCAACGGUUGGACCAGAGGUUCAUAUCAGUGCACAUGUAAACAAGGUUUUUACUCCAUCGUUCAUCCAGAUGGCUUCAACGGAACUAUAAUGGAAGUGGCCUAUGAGGAAUAUUUCUCAAAUAUUAGUUCUUUCUAUUUUGAUUCCUUUCUGUGCUUGCCAUGCAUGGAAGGAUGCGUCAAUUGCACUGGCCCAACACCUUGCUUAGCAAUUUAUAAUUGGCCUUUCAGAAUUGCUAUCUUAACGAUAUCAAUAUUUUGUGUGUUUUUCACCAUGACAUUGGCUGCUUAUAUGUAUCACAACCGAAAGAUUAAAGUAUUCAAAGUUGCAAGUCCAAUCUUUUUGAUGAUUUGUUUAGUAGGUUGUGGAAUUAUGUACCUUGAGAUGGCAGCUAUUUUUCCUAUACUUAACAAGAAAGCAUGUAUAGCAACAAAAUGGACACGUCAUAUGGGUUUUUGCAUCACGUAUACAGCGUUACUCAUGAAAACAUGGCGCGUUUCGCUGACAUAUCGAGUAAAGUCUGCACACAAAGUAAAAUUAACAGACAAGCAAUUGCUGCAAUGGAUGGUGCCAAUUUUACUGGUCAUGGGAAUAUAUCUAGGAACCUGGACGGCUGCAGAACCACCAACAGCUACUGAGAUUAAAGAUAUCGAGGGUCUAAUUUUCAAGCAGUGUAGCUAUAACUGGUGGGAUCAUGCUAUGGCUAUUGGUGAAGUUUUAUUCCUUCUUUGGGGAAUUAGAGUUUGUUACAACGUUCGUAAUGCAGAAUCACUUUACAACGAAGCAAAACUAAUUUCCUACGCAAUUUACAAUAUUGCUCUUGUUAACAUUAUGAUGGUAGCAAUUCAUCUGUUUAUAUUUCCACAAGCUGGUCCCGAUAUCAAAUAUCUAUUGGGCUUUAUCCGUACUCAAUUAUCUACUACUAUAACAAUUAUUCUUGUUUUUGGACCUAAAAUUUUACGUGUUAUGAGAGGAGAAGGGGAUAAAUGGGAUCAUCGAUCUAGAGCUCGAGGCAUAACAGCUUCGUUUUGUGGAAAUGGCGGAGGUCUCAUGCCUGAUGAAGGUGUUGACAUAUAUCAUGAAAAUGAAGAGCUUAAGGAACAGAUACAAAAACUCGCUGGUCAAAUCGAGUUUAUGAAAAUUGUACAAAUGGAAGUGAACAAUCGUCAUCUUAAGCCCAAAUCCAGUAGUUUUUUCACAAUUCAAAGUCCAUUAAACAAAAAUUUGAGCAUUUGUCGUAAAAGUUAUCAUAUAAAUGCAACAAGCUCUGCAGAGACAAGUAAAUACGAAAAUAGUGUAGUUGAAGAUGGCCAUAGUAUCUCAAAUUCAACUGGCGGUGCAAGUAUGCAUAAUCAUCAACCAAGUCAACAACCAACACAUGUGAACACAAUAGAUGUCGAAAAAAUAUAAUGAAUUUAAUUUAAUAAUUGUUAACUGUGAGAUAAGAUUGGAUCUAAAAUUACCAUUUAUGUUUUAAAAGUUUUGAGAUUAUCCAUUUGCAGAGCAGUACUGAAAACCACAAGCGGAGAUUUCAAAAUAAGACACAAGCUUACCAUUAAAGGCAAAUAGAAGUAAUUCCAUUGAUUUCAACAUACUUGUUCAUUCCGAUGGAAGACAAUUGAUAAAACUGAAAUUAACUUUUGACUCAACUUAUGCUACCUAGACUUACAUAAAUUAGCUAUGAGUUUGACUUUCAUUAUCUAUAGCAGAAAUUCCAUUACAGAUAAUGAAAUCUUGAUGAAAGUAAAGAUGUCAUAAAUAUAUUUAUCAUUUUCGGCGAAUCUUUAUAAUGUUGUUAAUAAUGUUAAUAUUAAUCUUAAGUGUGAAGAAAUACAAUUUAACCAUUUCGAUGUAUCUGUACUCACACUAGAGGCAAACUCGCUACUUUCAAUGUCAUAUAAUUCGUUUGUUGUUAUCGCCGAUAUCAGCUAUCGUGAUCAAAACAAUGUCUAUUAUGUAAAUCCUCAAUUUUAUCCAAUCGCUUUUUAUUCCAAAAUAUUAAAGAUUUCUUUAAGAGCUGAAUCUAUCCAAAUAAAUUUCCAGAUUAUUUAGGAAUAAUGACGUGAACAAACUCGAAUCAAUUGACUAUAAAUAAGAUUCACAACCAAUCUGUUUUAAUCAAUAUUCUGUUAUUUAAUAAUGUUAACAAUAAAUGAAUUGUAGUCCUGACUCAGAAUUUUGGACGUUGAGUGUGAAUUAAAUAUUUUGAAUACAUGGCAGACAAUUUUCAGUUCCGAACUUAUUAGCUGUUUCUAAUUUACAAAUGACUUUACUUCUGCAACAUUUGCAGUUUUUAAAGACAUCUCCACCUCAAGCAUG